GAGGGGGCGGCCCGGCCCGGCCCAGCUCUGCCCCCGGCCGGCCCGACCCCGGCCCCGGCCCCCGGACCAGCCCUUAUCUGAUCCCAGCUCCGGGUUUAAGAGUCCCAGCUCUGCCCGUCGCCCGGCUCGGUUCCUCAUUCCUGCCCGCCCCGUCGGUCCGUCCGUGCGUCCGCUGCCCAUCUGAGGGGCCACUCCACCCCGGACCCAAGGUGAGGAAACUGAGCCCCGCAGAGAUUAAGAGAUCGACUGAAGUUCCCAGAGCUAGAAAGUGGCACAGACCAGGAUGGCAAAUAGCGGGAAGAAGAAUGGAUAGGGACUUUGGCUGCGACCCAGACAUCCCAGGAUCACAAGCAGGCUUCACUUGUGUGACCGAAAACGGUUCUCCGUGUCACCACGUUGACAAAGGUCCCGAGGCUCAGGGAGCAGAGAUGACGUCCGUUGCCAAGGUGUACUACAGUCAGACCACUCAGACGGAAAGCCGGCCCCUCAUGGGCCCAGGGGUCCGACGGCGGAGGGUCCUGACCAAAGAUGGCCGCAGCAACGUGAGGAUGGAACACAUCGCCGACAAGCGCUUCCUCUACCUCAAGGACCUGUGGACGACCUUCAUCGACAUGCAGUGGCGCUACAAGCUUCUGCUCUUCUCUGCGACCUUUGCAGGCACCUGGUUCCUCUUCGGCGUGGUGUGGUACCUGGUGGCCGUGGCCCACGGAGACCUGCUGGAGCUGGGUCCCCCGGCCAACCACACCCCCUGCGUGGUGCAGGUGCAUACGCUCACUGGGGCCUUCCUCUUCUCCCUCGAAUCCCAGACCACCAUUGGCUACGGCUUCCGCUACAUCAGCGAGGAGUGCCCACUGGCCAUCGUGCUGCUCAUUGCCCAGCUGGUGCUCACCACCAUCCUGGAGAUCUUCAUCACGGGCACCUUCCUGGCCAAGAUCGCCCGGCCCAAGAAGCGGGCGGAGACCAUCCGGUUCAGCCAGCACGCGGUGGUGGCCGCCCACAACGGCAAGCCCUGCCUCAUGAUCCGAGUUGCCAACAUGCGGAAGAGCCUCCUGAUUGGCUGCCAGGUGACCGGCAAACUGCUCCAGACGCACCAGACCAAAGAGGGGGAGAACAUCCGGCUCAACCAGGUCAACGUGACUUUCCAAGUGGACACGGCCUCGGACAGCCCCUUCCUCAUUCUGCCCCUCACGUUCUACCACGUGGUCGAUGAGACCAGUCCCUUGAGAGACCUCCCCCUUCGCAGCGGGGAGGGGGACUUCGAGCUGGUGCUGAUCCUCAGUGGGACGGUGGAAUCCACCAGCGCCACCUGCCAGGUGCGCACCUCCUACCUGCCGGAGGAGAUCCUCUGGGGCUACGAGUUCACCCCCGCCAUCUCGCUGUCGGCCAGUGGCAAAUACAUAGCUGACUUCAGCCUUUUUGACCAAGUGGUGAAAGUGGCCCCUCCCAGCGGCCUCCGUGACAGCACUGCACGCUACGGGGACCCCGAGAAGCUCAAGUUGGAGGAGUCGUUGAGGGAGCAAGCGGAGAAGGAGGGCAGCGCCCUAAGCGUGCGCAUCAGCAAUGUCUGACGGCCUGGACCCCCGCCUCCCCAUCUCUCUGGCUUCUCCUCUUUGGGCGUCCUGGGUGAGAGCUCUCACCCAGACCUGCUGGAGAGCCCCAGAGGCACCCGUCCUCCGUCCCCUCUGCUUUACCCCGGUGGCCUGCGGGUGGGCUAGGCCAACUGGAGUCCGAGCUUUCCUUCCACUGUCCCCGACACCCCACCCCACUUCUACCCAAGACACGCAACUCCCUAACGCCAGGGUGGGGGAAGGAGAGGGAAGAUUAGGCUGAAGUGGCUUAGGACGCAUCAGCCAUGCUUGGAGACUCACAUUAGGAGGACCAUGCAGUUGGAUGGAUAGACUCCCCCCACUCCCGCCACCACCAUGAAGUUGGGGACUCGAGGCUGAAGCCCCCACCCGCCUCUAAUUUCCCACCCAGCUAGUUCCCUAAGGCAAGACUCUGAUGGUCGUUUUGGAGUCUGUGCCCUCAGAAAUCUGGGAAUCUGAAAUUAAUUUAUCCUGGGUUUUCUACCAACCCCUAUUGAAAGGAGUCAGGGUUUCUCCUAGUGUCGUUAGUUUCUGCUGGCACAUUCUGACUAGAACCCAGAGUCCUGGUCACCCCCGUUUUCCUCUCCCUAUCUUCUCGAAUGGGCCCUCUUAGGAUACCCAGUUCUCUCCCAAAGCUGCCUCUGCUCCCAGAGAGUUGAGGCUGACGUGCACCCAUCCUGGAGUGUGGAGUGACCGAUGCAGAGCCCGAGUCCAAAACCUUGACCCUCCUCCAGACAGCCCUGGAAGGACUUGUCUCCCUGUGACCUGCCGAUGGGAUGGUCCUUGCCAGUAUGUUCCUGAGCCCCAUGGAAAGGUCUAGAAAUGAUGUGCCAGGCACUUACAGGGCACAGAUUCCCUAGGAAAGUGACGUUAACCCUGCCAUGCUGGAGGAGUAAAUUCUCAGAUUUACUGCUGCGUGGAGCCUCUGGGAAUUGGGGGUGCCGCGUUAGGGUUUGGGCCAGGGCAGAACUCUGGCCGGUGCGCGCCAUUCUCCCUGUCACCCUUCUGCAAGGCGCCCGCUAUUUCACGGGGCAAUGCUGAGAAGGAGGGAGACCACACCUCCUGAUCCAACAUCCGGGGUUUCCCUUAGCCAUUCCUGAGACUCGGGGCAAAGGGGGCACCGGUCCCGUCCCCACUCCCCUCUGCUGUGAAGAGAAGUUAAAGGGCACACGUUAGGUCAGCCUGAGGCCAGUCCUUGUUCCCUGGUGGGGACUGUGGGAGGGGCCAAGAAGGGCGUUUGGGCACCAGAACUUUCUCUAAAGCCCCAAACCCCAGGAGCGCCUCCUGGUCUCAUUUAGGUACCAGGAGGCCCUGCGGUGGCUUGGCACAGAGCCCUCGUGCGAAUCGAGUGGCGGUCUGUCGAGGUGACGGAGCCAACCGCUGCGAGCUGCACCCUCGCACGGGCCGUGCACCCGGGUCUGUGCCGAGCUUCACAGAGCGGCACACGGUUCCGCGGCUGGACCUGUGGGCACCGCUCACCACGGCGGCACAGGACCCUCUUCUGUGCGGCGCUCCUUGAACUCGGCUAACUCCGUCUCGAAAAUGAAGACCCACCAUGCUUCCCCGCCCGUAACCCGCCAACACUCCCUGGCUCUCGAGAAAACGGGAGCCAGAAAAACUUGAAAAUCUGACACAGAGACCCGAAGGCAAAGAGCCAGCUUCUGGGGCUCUUGACUUUAUUCAACGUUAGACUUACCUGAUUUCUUUCCGUGUGUAAGGGCCCAAAAUACUGGAGAGUGUGUGUGAGUGUGUGUGUGUACCUUCCCCACCAAGCCAUCCCCCACUGGUUUCUUCUGUGCAGGGCUGUGUCCCGCCUGAGGAAAUCCUCUCUCCCAGGCCCCCUCCCCCCACCCCUGCCGGCUAUCCCAGGCCCCCAGCCUCCCCUCAGAUUCCCGCAUAACAAAAUAUGGACAUUUUCUGACUUAACCUCUUUGAUCCUCCUCCCAAACCCUUUGCUCUAAGCUGCACUUUAAAUCAUACUCUUCUUUUAAUGCACCCUGGCUUCCGCUCCCAUAAGCCUCCCCGGGAGACCAAUGCUCCCCCAACCCUAACCGGCUCUUUGUACUCCAGCCUCUUCCUCGGAGCUGAAAUCCUUUCUCCGGCUAUCCUAUUGGUCAAGCUUCAGAAGCAGCCAGGUCUGGUGAGAAACGGGCCCCCGGACCACGGCGACCAUGGACUUGGGCUGUCAGGAGAGCACUAGGCACCCCUGCUAACCGGGAGAUUCCAGACGGGCCAAGACAAGCAACGGGAGGGUACUCAGGGUGUGACGGAGACAGAGGGCGGUGCUGAGGGAUGGAGCCGGAGUCUCCCCUGGCCCAGCAGGCGAGGUGGAGGUGGAGGUGGAGGCUCGGGAAGUAGCACGUGGUACAAAUAGGAGGUUUCCCUAAGGAGAAAGAGACAGAGAUAAUAUAUACGUGUCGAGAGAUUUAUGUAUAUAGAUGCUUAUAGGACCAAAUAUACUGAAUGUACACAGAGGAGAUCUUGGCAUGGGGGCACUUGCGUUGCUCUGGUUUGGGGGUAGGACUCCCCGGAUUUCCAGACUCCUGACCGGUGACCCUGGUCUCCGUGUGCAAGUGGGACAGUGGGUGAGGCUUUCGGGUGUGAUGAUGGGAGAGGGAGGCGGGGAGCCGCUCUUCAGAGUGUGGAGGCGCCCGUGAGGCGGGUAACCCCAUGUGCGGGGCCCGGGGGAGGGGACGGGAGGACGCGGCUCCGGCCACUUCCGCUGCGCCCUCGCCCCAGCAGUGUCCCGUCACUGUAGCACUUUUCUUUUUUUUUUUUGGUUUUAAAAUAAAAGCACCUUGUUUCCUGGU